AUGAUAAGCGAAACCAAAAAAAUUGAAAUUAAUUUAAAAAGAUUAAUAACAUCUUGUGAAAAGAUAAUAUCAGAAGAUGAUAGAGUUAAUGUUGCAAAUGGGGAUGGUGAAAUGAAGCCUAUAGUUAUCGACAAUACAUUUACAGUAGAGAAAUAUAUACCUAUAAUGCUUUCACUUUUUAUGCAGUUAGAGGAAAAGUAUUCUGAACAAACUAAACAGCAACAACAACAAUUACAACAACAACAGCAACAACAAUCACCAUUUCAAAUGGCAAAGCAAGCUGUUACAUUAUCCUCACCCCUAUCAUCACCUAAAUCAACAACACCACAGGAAAAUGAAGACACUUUUCAAUUAACUAAAGAGAUAUUAAAUGAAUAUUCAAGAAAGAUUGAUGUUAUAGUGGGUUUAGUUAAUAAGGGCAAAUUAAAUUCACCAAUUUCUACAAAACCUAGUAUAAUACGUUUACAAGCAAGCAAUUUAACACAUAAUAAAAAGAUGAAUGAAAUUCACACCGUUAUGAAAACUAGAAACAAGCAAGAACAAAAAAAAAUUGAUUUAUUAAUUCCAAAUAAUAGCGGCUAUGCCACAGCAGGAGGUAGUGGAUCAAAUAUAAAUAGCGACGAAUAUAGCAGUUUCAGAAAUACAAAUUCAAAUACAUAUAGUGACAACACAUUACCACAACAAACUACUACAGUAAAUUACAUAAAAACAACAUCACCAAACAACACGGCAUCCAUAUUAUCACCAACUAUAAAAUACAGAAACAAAUUUCAAAAUACAAACUCUCAGUUAAAAUCUCUAUUGGGUGACAGGGGUAGCAAAUUUCUAAAUUUAGAAGAGGAGGAGGAUAUAGAUGAGGAUUCUUUUGAAAAAAGAACUCAAGAGCAAAGAAAACUUCAAGAGAAUUUUGCAGAAGAGUUGUUAGGCCUUUCAAAAAAUUUAAAAAACCAUUCAAGUGAUAUGUCUAGAAAACUAAACGAAGAAGAUAAAAAAAUAGAUAAACUUAAUCAAUUAAUGGAUACUAGCAGUUCAAAAAUCGAUCGUCAAAAUCAAAAUUUAAAAGAUUAUACAUCAAGAAGUACAAGAGAUACAUUAAACUAUUGCCUUAUUAUAGUCUUUGUUUUAAUUUUAUUCAUUGUGUCAUAUUUAGUAAUUAAAUUCUUUAGUAAAUCAUAA